AUCACUUCUGAUUCGUUGUCGAAGCUGAACACAUAUUUUCUGGUAUAGAAAAACAGAAGCACAAUUGAAAAUUUACGUUUUGGAAAUUAGUAAAAGAAAUUAACUUUGAAAAAUGUCCGAUCACGUGGAAGAAAUUGAAGAAACUGAGGACUUCCAUGACUUGGAGGAGUUUAACGACGACGCGGCCUCCGGCAGCGGCACGCAGCAGCCCAAGGAGAACCGAUUCGUGGUGAACAAGUGGGUGGCCCAUGCCCUCUGGUCCUGGGACGUGGCCGUGGAGAACUGCGCGAUCUGUCGCAACCACAUCAUGAACCUGUGCAUCGAGUGCCAGGCGGAUCCCAAUGCAAACAAAGACGAAUGCACCGUGGCCUGGGGCGAGUGCAACCACGCCUUCCACUACCAUUGCAUCGCUCGCUGGCUGAAGACGCGCCUUGUUUGCCCACUGGACAACAAGGAGUGGGUCUACCAGAAGUACGGCCACUAAAUCAAGCGGCAAACAAGACAAGCUCCAGCAUUGGUUCACACACGUGUUGUAUUUGAGAGUUAUAAACAAAAUUAGAUACUA